GAUGUCUGGGAGCGUCCUUGGGACCAGAAAGUAUUGAUUUGCCAUGAAUCAGAUCCCGCCUGAGUUACAAGCCUCUGUGCAGCAGCUCGCCCGUGACAAUCCAGGCCAGCCAUCAGAAGGUCAGCCUCCGCCCGCGGCGACCUUGGCGUACUGGGCUUUGAUGAUGCAGCAGCAGCAACAGCAGCGCUCCAAUCCUGGCGAUUGGGCCCCGUUUUUGGCAGCGCUGGCGGGUGCGGACCCGCAACAGAUUGCACCUAUCCUGGCAGCGAUUCUUCCCAAGCCAAACGGCGGGGCAGCAGCUGCGGGCCAGGAUGCCGAAGGCCGAGCUGGGAUUGCCGGGCUGCGGGCAGCUGCGCAGGCACAAGGCGGGGAAGGCAGCGCAGAGGGCGCACCAGCAUUCACGGAGCUUGCUGGACGAGUGUUCCCUGGGAAGCCGGAGGGCGACGCUGCGGCCAGCGCCAGCGCCCCCAAGGAGGCCAUGCAGAUAGACACCGCAUCACUGCUACCUCUGCUGCAAUUAACGCAGCCCCACCUGAGCCUUGGAGGGGACGCUGGGCAUCAGUCUGCCGGUGACAGCGGCCAGGCAGGCCUCUCCCAGGCAGGAGGCGGUGUGGCAAAGUGUGCAAAGGAGAAGAACCGGGCUGCGCAGCGGCGCUUCCGGGAGCGCCAGAAGGGACUCAUCUCUGCCCUCAAGGAGCGGGAGGAGACCUUGUCCAAACAGUGCGAGGAGCAGAAACGGCUGAUUGAGACAAUGCAGAAGGAGAUUCAGGUGCUCAAGGAGAUCAUUCACAGCAAGGAUCCCAAGUAAGCUGACGGGCAGUUGGACCUAAAAGCCAUGUCAUGGAGUUGGAUGCAUGUGGGUGAGGGCCAGAUUUUGCUGAGGACUGUGGAAUUUGCUGAGGACUGUGGACUUGGGAUUUAUACGGAUUGGCAGAUGCAUGUCAUU